UCCGCGGGGUGAGGAUCAUGUGUAGUCCACGCGCCGAAACUAGGUUAGAGCGAGACGCAGAGCAGGGAAGAUCUCUGAGAGGAGGAGCCGUUGCUUUAGGCCAUUACUUUACAUAGUUAAAGGUUGCUUUUGUCUAUUUCGAAGCUUGGCACGAAUGAAGACAGAGUAGAAAACCCGUAUGAGGAUUCGUUGUUGUGACAGUUUUCAGCUGCUCCGGUUUGGAGCGAAUAAGUGCGCAUUGCUCUCCGUGUUUCUAGGCUUCGCCUCCACCUGGAGUUGUAUGACCCGAAGAGUUGGAUAGACUUCACCGCCAACAUGAGAGCUCAAAUAGAAGUGAUUCCCUGCAAAAUCUGUGGGGACAAAUCAUCAGGGAUUCACUAUGGUGUCAUCACCUGUGAAGGCUGCAAGGGUUUCUUUCGACGCAGCCAGCAGAACAAUGCUAUGUACUCUUGCUCACGACAGAGGAACUGCCUGAUUGACCGGACCAACCGUAAUCGCUGUCAGCACUGCAGGUUGCAGAAGUGUCUCGCUCUGGGCAUGAGCCGUGAUGCUGUGAAGUUUGGUCGAAUGUCCAAGAAGCAGCGUGACAGCCUGUACGCUGAGGUGCAGAAACACCAGCAGUCCCAGGAGUGCGCGGGAGUUGGAGCCCGCGAGGAGAACUGUGACAUGGCCGACCACGGCCGCACCUACAGAAGAGGCUCCAGCGCCACACUUAGCGACCUGGACGACAUCACCACGCUGCCUGAGGGCCUGCUUUUUGACCUGCCGCUGACCCCGGAGGAUGCAGGUGGAGAAUACUGUAACCUGGACAUGCUGGGUGGAAGUGGAGGCAGCAGCUCAUCCUCUCAGAGUUCACCAGAACAGACCAACUUGGACUUUGUUGAUGGCAACCACAACAUAAAGCAUGAGUACCAGCUAUUGCAUGAUUCUGGUCUCUUCUCACAUGCUAUCCUCAACCCACUGCCCGAGGGCUGUUCCCUGCUUGAGAUAGAGCGUAUAACCCAGAAUGUGGUGAAGUCCCACAUUGAGACAAGCCAGUACAGCACAGAAGAACUGAAGAGAAUGGCGUGGACGUUGUACGGCCCAGAAGAGACGCGCUCAUACCAGAUCAAGUCGGCUGAGGCGAUGUGGCAACAAUGUGCUGUCCACAUCACCAAUGCAAUCCAGUAUGUGGUAGAGUUUGCCAAGCGCAUCUCCGGCUUCAUGGACCUCUGUCAAAAUGAUCAGAUCAUCCUCCUCAAAGCAGGUUGCAUGGACAUCCUCCUGAUCCGUAUGUGUCGGGCCUAUAACCCCAUCAACAAUACAUUUCUCUUUGAUGGAAAGUUUGCCACUGCUCAACUUUUCAAAGCUCUAGGCUGUGAUGACCUUGUGAAUGCAGUUUUUGACUUGGCUAAAAGCCUGAGCCGUCUACAAAUGUCAGAGGAAGAGAUGGCUCUUUUCAGUGCUGCUGUGCUGCUGUCACCAGACCGCCCCUGGCUAACAGAUGUCCAGAAGAUCCAGAAGUUGCAGGAGAAAGUUUACGUGGCUCUGCAGCGCUGCUUACAAAAAGGAGGGGCAUCAGAAGAGAAACUAGCAAAGAUGGUGGCUAAGCUUCCCAUAAUGAAGUCCAUCUGCAACCUUCACAUUGACAAACUGGAGUUUUUCCGUCUGGUUCACCCCGAGACAGCGUAUACCUUCCCCGCUUUGUAUAGGGAGGUUUUUAGCAGUGAAAUCACCUUCCCAGACUCGACGGAGGGCUAGAACUGUUCAGUUAAACAGCGUGAUUCAACUAGUGAUUGGGUGUAGGGAGAGGAAGAGAAAAAUGUGGCAACCAGCUGAAGCGAAACCAACCAGCAGCUCAAUGACAAUCCUGCACGCUACACUUUAGCGCACACUCCUCUCACCUCUGAACUCCCGGCCCAGUGGAGCAGCGUUCACUGCCCUGUUAGCCAGUCUUUCCAACUCAACACUGCGGGAAGUACUGGGUAAUGAGUGCACGUUGCCUCCUUUUAGGGAGUUAAAGAAAUUAUUAAAGAGUAGCAUUAUUUGUACUCUCAAAAAUAUUUUUCUAUCAGAAGACCUUAAAGCUUUCAUCAAGUUGAAUUGCUUUCUAACAUAAAGUCAUUAUUCUCGCAGUUCUUGUAAACUAUCGUUGAAUGUACCCCUCUUCCCUCAACCAGUCAGCACAGCCCUGCGCUUGAUAUAGAAUGUACAUACCUAAAGUCCUCACCAACUUUGUGGAGAUUUGCAGUAAUGAUGCCUGUUUUCAGUUGUCGGUCUAGUAGCGGUUUAUCGUUUCAUUCAUUCAUUUUUUGUAGCACCCAUAUUUUGCAGUUUUGUAACAUACGAACAAACUGUUUAAAGGGACCAUGAUCAAACUCACAAGUAGACAAGGUUUUUAAAAUGGUGUGAAUCAUGGACAAAAAUUCAGCAUUUCUGUCGCCGUUGCACCCGCAAUUUCUUGCACACAGAGCACAAAACAUAGCACUUAUGCUGAAAUCAGUGUAGGUAUUUUUACUAGAACACCCUCAGACAAUGAUAAAGUGGGCUCUUUGUUUUUUUUUUUAAUUUUUUUAAUGCAAUCAAUGACCUCAGUCCAAAUACCUUUUCCCUUUGCAAAUGCCACUUGAGAGUGAGAAGAUUUUCAGAUGUUCCUUUAUGUCUGGACAAAAUACAGCUAUAUAAGUGUGAACCACAAGCAGUUAUAAAAUUAAACCAGGUGGGGGGAGGGUGCUCUGGCUUACUUACUUUGGGGGUUAGGAAGAUUGCUGGGAAGUCGAAGGAAAAUCUGGAUAAUUAGCACUUAUGAGUCCUCAGCUAGAUAGUAAAUGACCACGAUAUUUUACGGGUUCACACUCAAACUGCCAUCUGUGAAACUUAUGCUAAACCAGUCCGAAAUGCUAGGCACAGCUUGUAGACAAGCUGCACGACCAAGGUGCUGGGAGACCAUCCACUUCGGGGUUCUGUACUCUGAAGGAGGACCAUCUGGCAUUGUCGCACCUCAGCCCCCUUUGCACACGCGUGCCAUCACCCAAACCUCAGCAGCUUCUCUACCCGCAAGCUCAAGGGACUCGAAAGAAAUGUGGCAGUUAACUACACGGUCGGAUGUUUGGAUGCAAUGAAUAGAACGGGACGGGCGGAUGGUGCCGUUAUUUAAGCUCCUUAGACAACAGUAAUAGGGGAUUUACUGUCUGCGCCAACUCUCACUGCUUUGGGGUCGAUCAGAUUAUGCUGCAGGAUGCAGCCAAGGUGUUCUGAUUGGAGAAUGAAAUCUUAGUCCCCGCUCCCUUACUACCUCACCCUCUACAAGCACUACAUAGCACAGCAAAGGGUUGACAGAGCCAUCAGCUACCCCCCUGAGUUAAUAUUUUUGCAUUCAUGCUAGGGAGUGUCUUAUGAACAUAUAACAAUUAGUUGUAAAAAAAAAAAAAAGAAAAAUGUGGUGAAUACACAAUUGUAAAACAUGUUGUUAUGCAGUCACUGGACAGAAGACAAAAUCAGACGCAAAUGGUGACAUCCUCUGGCUACUGCUCUGUAACUUCAGAGCAGUUCAUGCACGUCUUUGGGUCCAGGCUAGAUGGAUACAGGAGAGAUAUCUGUAGAUAUCCUUCAAAUUAGGCUGAAAUAUUGGAUUACUAUAAAAUAAAGAAAAAAAAUAUACAAUUUGACCAUAAAGAAGCCACGAGAAAGGGUUGUUUGUAAUUGGAGAACAUGUUUAUGUAUUUUUUUAAUGUUAAGUAUUUUAAGACAAUCACAUGACAGACUUUGGAUGUCUUUGUCAUUGUAAUAUUUGCGCCUGGUUUGCUUUGCACUGCAGGGACAGUGCUGUUCGCCGUACAUCAUAUUAUCUCACGUAGUAUGAAGGGGGAACUACCCUCAUCUUGGUACUUACGACAGUGGCAUUGUGGGAUCGUGCAAUAAUGUCUUUCCCAUUGUUCUCAGAACAUUAGGCCUUUGUUGCCAUGUAUUACAGUUGAGUUGUCAUUAGCACUCCUGCUUAGUUCAUUUCUAACCACAGAUAAUACUAUCUACAAUGUAGUGUACUGAAUACACAGCUAAUUUAUUUGCAGAUCAGAUUAAACGGCCAGAUGGCCUUCGCAGAUUGUAACAAAGUGCAAUACUUUGUGUGUCGCGCCUGAGAAUGUUAGAUAUGCUGAUUUCAGUAUAGUUUGUGGGUUUGUAGACUUAGGAUCUGUCCAGGGGGCAGCACUUAAAAUCUGCACUCACAGUUCCGCUUAGAGUCACUCAGGGAGAUAGCUGGGCUCUCUGUCCUAUAGCGUCUGGAGUUAGUCUAGCUAGCAAGACACCUUGCACCAACGUAGACGACCUUUAAACCUUGAUCACUGUGUACAGUACAUGUUCUUGUGAAUGUUUGAUUACAGAAGUAUCAAAGAUUUUACCCCCUGUCUAAUAUCAUUAUUGCAUUUUUUUUUUUUUUGGAGUUUGAGUCAUAGAUUAAAUAGGAUAUAUAAAAGAUAUAUAUAUAUAUAUAUAUAUAAAAGAUGGAUUAUAAUAUCUGAUUCUUGUGUUGGUUUUGUUGUGAUCUUUUGUUUCUUAAUUUUUAUCCGUUUAUGUACUGUUUUUCCCCCUCAUCAGUUUAGUGUCCUUUUUGUCUUGGAGAGAUGUAAUUCUAUUUUUUUAAAGAGCGUUUUUAAAAGAUGUCUCCCUAAAAGUUUCUCUUUUUGUCAUGAUCCUUCUGUUUAUGAUAUUUUCACUCUAUUUUAAGAUUAUUAUUAUUAUUAAAUCAACAUAGAUUUUAAUAUGAAAUAAUUUAUGAUAUGUCAUGGAUAUAAAGCCCAAGGGGUUUUAACACAGUGAAGUGUUCUUGCACAAUGGUGAUACUAUAUGUGGAUUUAAGAAUGUAAUAAAAGUCUUUUUACAACUAA